GUUCGUGGUUUUGCAACGAUAAUACUCCGUAGUAUCGUAAGAUAAUUUCAGCUAGACAAUCGAUGGUUUUGUGGUUCCAAGGGACUGUAGGGUCGAUGUACAUGCAAUUGGUUUUCGCAGGAAUGGAUUUAGAACACGAGAAAAUGGUAAUGUCCUUAAAUGAAAAGAAUAAAAAUGUGCACUGGAAGAAACCGGGAUCGGUCCGUAUAUUCCAAUGAACAACAGCUUUUAUUUUUUUUUGUUAUUUCAUGCUUAAGUUGUUCUACUCUUGUUUUAAACCGUAACAUUCCGAAUGUUUGCAAGCCAAAGUGGUUAACCUUAAGAAAAAAAAAUGAAUUUUAUUUGCUUAUUACUCCGAAAGAGCAUUACGUAACAUUAUCUCUAAUAACCUUUAACUUAUACGUUCGUGGUUUUGCAACGAUAUUACUCCGUAGUAUUGUAAGAUAAUUUCAGCUAGACAAUCGAUGGUUUUGUGAUUCCAAGGGACUGUAGGGUCGAUGUACAUGCAAUUGGUUUUCGCAGGAAUGGAUUUAAAACACGAGAAGAUAGUAAUGUUCUUAAAUGAAAAGAAUAAAAAUGUGCACUGGAAGAUUUUUUACGAAUAUAUUCGGACCGAAAUCGAUCCGUAAUUAAUUUAUGCGCCAAAUUUUUACCGUUAAUUUGAAUCUUAUUGAUUCUGCGCUAAUUUAUUUAUAUUCAGAUCGAUUUCGGUCUGAAUAUGAUUAAUGCGCCAAGAAUUUUCCUUAAAAAAUUGAAAUUUUUUCGAAAAAAUUGAAAUUUUUUGGUGUGGCGCGCCAAUGAGGAUUAUACGGACCGAUUUCGGUCCGUAUAAGUCUUAUAUAUAUCACCACUUCUCUUCCGUUUCCUCAUUUUCUCUUCUUCCUCUCUUUCUUUUCCUUUUUUCCUCUCUUUCUGCCUCUCGUCUCCUUCUUCUUUUUCUUCCUUUUUUUUUUUCUACUUCCCUUCUGCCUCUCUUCUUUUCUCUCUUCCCUUUUCUUUCUCAUUUCCUUCUAUUUCCUUUUCUUUCCUCUCUUUUUUCUCUCCACUUCUUCAUCUUUUCUUUCCAGUUUUUUUUUUUUUUCAGUUUUCUCAAAUGUAUAUUUUAAAAUUUUUUGUUAUCUUUUUUGUAUUGGUUUAUUUUUAUUUUUUUAUAAUAUACUAACUUUUGUUUC